GUAUGCCUCCCAAACCCUAACCCCGCUCGGUUUAACGGGAACGACCUUUCCCCUCUGUCGUCUGCCGUCUGUCUCCUGCAAUUCCCCAACCUCGCUCACUCGUCGCGUCUCCAAUCGCGAUCUCAGCCCGUCCGAUGCAAGCAGCAGCCAGCAAAUCGAGAGGAGCAAAACAGACGAUACGGUUUAGUUUGCCUGGGAGGACAGCACGGGAUGAUGGGGGUGCCGACAGUUUCGGUGUCGGUGUCGGUGUCGAGGUCGGUGUCGAUGCCCGUGUCGUUGGCGCGCCGUUGCACUUGCCCCAGAUGGCGACUGGCAAGGACAGGAGCAGGAGCGCCGCAGUCUUUGGCGGCCCGCCACCAAUCGCGCUCCUUCGCCGUUACGUCGGCCUCAAUGCACGAGGCAUACUGGCGCCUCCACCCCGAGAUGGAGCGUCCGCUAUUUCCGUACAGAGGCGGCAAGCACUUUCCGCUUCGGCCCUACAAUCCGCCUUUUUUCCCCCGGCGCAUCCCUUACGACCGGAACGAGGUCCACGCAAUGCAUCCCGUAGACCGAUGCGUCAAGUACCCGCCCGACGGCUUUAUUAGCGGUGUCCCCUUUUCCGUCCGGUUCACCGACCAAAUCAGAAGCGACAGCUCACACAACAACGCCAUCUUCGGCGUCACCCUCCACGGCCCGCCGCUCCCAGGUAUAGACCCGGCGCUGGUCGCGGCGUCAGAGGCCGGCUGUCUCGCCCUCAAGGUCUACGACCCCGUCUGGUAUUACAGCGCCUCGACUGCCGACCCCAUGUCGUCGUGCGAUCUCGCCUUCAACACAGAGGUAGCCGUAUACCAAGACCUCCGGAAGCUCUGGGGAACCGUCGUGCCUCGCUUUUUCGGCACCUACGUGAUCGGCAUCCCCAUCGAAAAACGUGGUAACGCGUCGUACGACAAGGUCCGCAAUGUACGGGCCGUUUUAAUGGAGCACGUCCGUGGCAUCCGCGUCGGCAACAUGCCGCUCAUCAGUCAAACCUACUCGCAGGAAAUCCGGAAAAGAAUAGUGGGCGCCUAUCUCGACGCCACCAGCGCCCUAUGGCGGAUGGGCAUCGCCCAGGUCAAGCUGCAGCCAGAGAGCCUCAUUCUCGUCCCCGGGGCCUUCGAGCGUGGCGGCGGCGGUCCCGGUAUCCAGAUGCGCAUGGUCGGCUUCACCGAGACCCCCCAUAGACGACACCCGGAUGAUAAGCCCGAUUACAAGUCUAGGGAGCGUAUGGAAUCGCGAUGGGACAUCGCCCACAGGUUUUUGAACCAUUCUCGGGGCCCCAAAAGAUGGUAUAACGACUUGGUUUACCUCAGUGGCCCUAAUCGCCUGAUUGACUGGGACAUUGAACAUUGGCUCAGAAACGAGUACGGACUUAGUACAAGGGAAUAUCUAGCCGGAGAAGCCCUUGAGAAAGAAGUGUUUGGGGUCAGUGACAACUUUUUGAAUAACGCCAAUAAGGUUUAUUUCCGACCGACGUUAAACCAAGCUAAGUAAUUACUCCGUAGUUUGUAAUUAGGUCUUUGGGUCUGAAAUGUCUACUCAAGGGUCAUGGCAGACCCGGGGGUUCUUGCAGUGGCAGACGAAGCGAGCUUUGGAGUAAAAACGAUACAAUUCUCUACCAACUCCUCCCAUGUCAUAGCUCAUCUCGCAUCUCACUCACUCUCAUUCUCGCCACUAUGCACACAUGUGGCUGCUUCAUUUACUUGCCCAUGUUGCUCAUGCCGGACCCCAUUCCAGGCAUCUCGGCGACCCAGCCGUCAAUGUUCUCGUUGACCUGCGACUUCUUGGUGCACUUGUUGCCGGCGGCAAUGGUCUGCGUCUUGAGCUGCGGGCAGUUGAUGUUGC